AUGAUGCCAGCCCAGUAUGCUCUAACCUCCAGCCUGACUCUCCUGGUGCUACUGGGCACAGCCAGAGCAGGCCCCUUCUCUUCACGGUCCAAUGUGACACUGCCAGCCCCCCGGCCCCCUCCCCAGCCAGGGGGCCGCACGGUGGGGGCAGGAGGGGGAAGCCCCUCUUCUCAGCUUUAUGAGCACACAGUGGAAGGAGGGGAGAAGCAGGUGGUAUUCACCCACCGCAUUAACCUGCCCCCUUCCACUGGCUGUGGCUGUCCCCCAGGCACUGAGCCCCCAGUCCCUGCUUCAGAGGUGCAGGCCCUGAGGGUCCGGCUAGAGAUCCUGGAGGAGUUGGUGAAGGGGCUCAAGGAACAGUGCACUGGGGGAUGUUGUCCUACUGCUGCCCAGGCUGGCACAGGUCAGACAGAUGUGCGGACCCUCUGCAGUCUCCAUGGUGUGUUUGAUCUGAGCCGCUGCACCUGUUCCUGUGAGCCAGGCUGGGGUGGGCCCACCUGCUCAGACCCCACAGAUGCUGAUAUUCCUCCCUCCUCCCCACCCUCAGCCUCGGGCUCCUGCCCAGAUGACUGCAAUGAUCAGGGUCGCUGUGUCCGUGGUCGUUGCGUGUGCUUUCCCGGCUACACUGGCCCCAGCUGUGGCUGGCCAUCCUGUCCCGGGGACUGCCAAGGCCGUGGGCGCUGCGUGCAGGGCGUGUGCGUGUGCCGGGCAGGUUUCUCAGGCCCCGACUGCAGCCAGCGCUCCUGCCCUCGGGGUUGCAGCCAGAGGGGACGCUGUGAGGAUGGGCGCUGCGUGUGUGAUCCAGGCUACACUGGUGAGAACUGUGGCAUGAGGAGCUGCCCUCGCGGUUGCAGUCAGAGGGGGCGCUGUGAGAAUGGGCGCUGCGUGUGCAACCCUGGCUACACUGGGGAGGACUGUGGGGUGAGGAGCUGCCCUCGGGGCUGCAGCCAGAGGGGACGCUGCGAGGACGGGCGCUGCGUGUGUGACCCCGGAUACACUGGCGAGGACUGUGGUACGCGGAGCUGCCCCUGGGACUGUGGUGAGGGCGGGCGCUGCGUGGACGGCCGCUGCGUGUGCUGGCCCGGGUACACAGGCGAGGACUGCAGCACGCGGACAUGUCCGAGGGACUGCCGGGGCCGCGGGCGCUGCGAGGACGGCGAAUGCAUUUGCGACACGGGCUACAGCGGGGAUGAUUGCGGCGUGCGCAGCUGCCCUGGCGACUGCAACCAAAGGGGCCACUGUGAGGAUGGCCGCUGCGUGUGCUGGCCAGGGUACACUGGACUCGACUGCGGCUCGCGCGCCUGCCCACGUGACUGUAGAGGUCGCGGGCGCUGCGAGAACGGCGUGUGUGUUUGCAACGCGGGCUACAGCGGCGAGGACUGCGGUGUGCGCAGCUGUCCUGGAGACUGUCGUGGCCGGGGCCGCUGUGAGAGUGGCCGCUGCGUGUGUUGGCCAGGCUACACAGGCCGGGACUGCGGCACGCGCGCGUGUCCUGGCGACUGUCGCGGGCGCGGGCGCUGCGUGGAUGGCCGCUGCGUGUGCAACCCGGGCUUCACCGGCGAGGACUGUGGGAGCCGUCGCUGUCCCGGGGACUGCCGUGGGCACGGCAGUUGCGAGGAUGGCGUGUGCGUGUGUGACGCAGGCUACUCAGGGGAAGACUGCAGCACGCGCAGCUGCCCCGGGGGCUGCCGAGGCCGCGGCCAGUGCAUAGAUGGGCGCUGUGUGUGCGAGGACGGCUACUCUGGUGAGGACUGCGGUGUGAGGCAGUGCCCGAAUGACUGCAGCCAGCACGGCGUGUGCCAGGACGGUGUGUGCAUCUGUUGGGAAGGCUACGUGGGUGAGGACUGCAGCAUCCGCACCUGCCCCUCCAACUGCCAUGGGAGGGGCCGCUGUGAGGAGGGGCGCUGCCUGUGCGACCCAGGCUACACUGGCCCCACCUGUGCCACCCGCAUGUGUCCGGCUGACUGCCGGGGACGUGGGCGCUGUGUGCAGGGAGUGUGCAUGUGCCACGUGGGCUAUGGCGGUGAGGACUGCGGGCAGGAAGAGCCUCCAGCCAGCGCCUGCCCUGGAGGCUGUGGACCCCGGGAACUGUGCCAGGCAGGCCAGUGUGUGUGUGUAGAGGGCUUCCGAGGCCCUGACUGUGCCAUCCAAACAUGCCCAGGGGACUGCCGUGGCCGAGGAGAGUGUCACGAUGGCAGCUGUGUCUGCAAAGAUGGGUAUGCUGGCGAAGACUGCGGGGAAGAGGUGCCAGCCAUUGAGGGCAUGAGGAUGCAUCUCUUGGAGGAGACAACAGUUCGGACAGAGUGGACCCCGGCUCCUGGCCCUGUGGAUGCCUAUGAAAUUCAAUUCAUCCCCACGACAGAGGGGGCGAGCCCCCCAUUCACAGCACGGGUUCCAAGCUCUGCCUCAGCCUAUGACCAGAGAGGACUGGCCCCUGGACAGGAGUACCAGGUCACUGUCCGAGCCCUUCGAGGGACCAGCUGGGGCCCUCCUGCCUCCAAGACCAUCACCACCAUGAUCGAUGGGCCCCAGGACCUCCGAGUGGUGGCUGUGACGCCGACAACACUGGAGCUUGGCUGGCUGCGUCCCCAGGCCGAGGUAGACCGAUUUGUGGUGUCCUACGUCAGUGCCGGCAACCAGAGGGUGCGGCUGGAAGUGCCCCCUGAAGCAGAUGGGACGCUGCUGACUGACCUGAUGCCAGGCGUGGAAUAUGUGGUGACUGUCACAGCGGAGCGGGGCCGGGCAGUCAGCUACCCAGCUUCCAUCAGGGCCAACACAGGGUCCUCACCCUCGGGCCUCUUGGGGACUACCGAUGAGCCUCCUCCCUCAGGCCCCUCGACGACCCAAGGGGCCCAGGCUCCUCUCCUGCAGCAGCGCCCCCAGGAGCUGGGAGAGUUGAGGGUCCUGGGCAGAGAUGAGACAGGGCGCCUCCGUGUGGUCUGGACCGCCCAGCCCGACACCUUUGCCCACUUCCAACUGCGCCUGCGGGUGCCCGAGGGGCCGGGGGCACAUGAGGAAGUGCUGCCAGGGGACGUCCGCCAGGCUCUGGUGCCUCCACCCCCUCCUGGAGCCCCGUACGAGCUGUCACUUCGUGGAGUCCCUCCUGGGGGCAAGCCCUCUGACCCCGUCAUCUACCAAGGCAUUAUGGACAAGGAUGAGGAGAAGCCUGGGAAGUCCUCAGGCCCACCACGCCUGGGUGAGCUGACGGUGACAGACAGGACCUCCGACUCCUUGCUCUUGCGCUGGACAGUCCCCGAGGGCGAGUUUGACUCCUUCGUGAUCCAGUACAAAGACAGGGACGGGCAGCCCCAGGUGGUGCCCGUGGAGGGGCCCCAGCGCUCAGCCGUCAUCACCUCCCUGGAUCCUGGCCGCAAGUACAAAUUUGUCCUGUAUGGGUUCGUUGGCAAGAAGAGGCAUGGUCCCCUGGUGACUGAAGCCAAGAUCUUGCCUCAGAGUCCAGGGACUCCACCCCGUCUGGGAAACCUGUGGGUGACAGACCCUACCCCAGAUUCACUGCACCUCUCCUGGACUGUCCCUGAGGGCCAGUUCGACACCUUCAUGGUCCAGUACAGGGACAGGGAUGGACGGCCCCAGGUGGUACCUGUGGAAGGGCCCGAGCGUUCAUUUGUUGUCUCCUCACUGGACCCUGACCACAAGUACAGAUUCACUCUGUUUGGAAUCGCGAACAAGAAGCGGUAUGGUCCCCUCACGGCCGAUGGCACCACUGCUCCAGAGAGGAAAGAGGAGCCCCCCCGCCCCGAGUCCCUGGAGCAGCCCCUCCUGGGGGAACUGACAGUGACCGGUGUGACCCCAGAUUCUUUGCGCCUCUCAUGGACGGUGGCCCAGGGCCCCUUCGACUCGUUCAUGGUCCAGUACAAGGAUGCACAGGGGCAGCCCCAGGCAGUGCCUGUUGCGGGGGAUGAGAAUGAGGUUACCGUCCCCGGCCUGGAUCCCGACCGGAAGUAUAAGAUGAACCUCUACGGGCUUCGUGGCAGGCAGCGUGUGGGGCCCGAGUCUGUGGUGGCCAAGACUGCUCCUCAGGAGGAUGUGGACGAGACCCCCAGCCCCACAGAACUGGGCACAGAGGCCCCAGAGCCCCCCGAGGAGCCGCUCCUGGGGGAGCUGACAGUGACAGGAUCCUCCCCUGACUCGCUGAGCCUCUCCUGGACCGUCCCCCAGGGCCGCUUCGACUCCUUCACGGUGCAGUACAAGGACAGGGAUGGGCGGCCCCAGGCGGUGCGUGUCAGGGGCGAGGAGAGCGAGGUCACCGUGGGGGGCCUGGAGCCUGGGCACAAGUACAAGAUGCACCUGUACGGCCUCCAUGAGGGACAGCGCGUGGGCCCGGUGUCCGCCGUGGGCGUGACAGCCCCACAACAAGAAGAGACCCCUCCAGCCACCAAGCCCCCUCUGGAGCCACGCCUAGGAGAGCUGACAGUGACAGACGUGACCCCCAACUCCCUGGGCCUCUCCUGGACGGUCCCUGAGGGCCAGUUUGACUCCUUCAUGGUCCAGUACAAAGACAAGGAUGGGCAGCCUCAGGCAGUGCCGGUGGCUGCAGACCAGCGGGAGGUCACGAUCUACAACCUGGAGCCUGAGAGAAAAUACAAGAUGAACAUGUAUGGACUACAUGAUGGGCAACGCGUGGGCCCCCUGUCUGUGGCCAUCAUGACGGCUCCCCUCCCACCAGCCCCAGCCACGGAGGCCUCCGAGCCUCCCCUGGAGCCACGCCUAGGGGAGCUGACAGUGACGGAUGUAACCCCUGACUCUGUGGGCCUCUCGUGGACAGUCCCUGAGGGUGAAUUCGACUCCUUUGUGGUUCAGUACAAGGACAGGGACGGGCAGCCCCAGGUGGUGCCUGUGGCUGCGGACCAGCGGGAGGUCACCAUCCCUGGCUUGGAACCCUCCCGCAAGUACAAGUUCCUGCUCUUUGGGAUCCAGGACGGGAAACGACGCAGCCCAGUCUCUGUGGAGGCAAAGACGGUUGCCCGAGGUGACGCCAGCCCAGGGGCCCCACCUCGCCUUGGGGAGCUGUGGGUGACAGACCCCACCCCAGACUCACUGCACCUCUCCUGGACGGUCCCUGAGGGCCAGUUCGACUCUUUUGUGGUCCAGUUCAAGGACAAAGACGGGCCCCAGGUGGUGCCCGUGGAGGGCCACGAGCGCUCUGUCACCGUCGCCCCUCUGGACGCCGGCCGCAAGUACAGAUUCCUCCUCUAUGGCCUCCUGGGCAAGAAGCGCCAUGGCCCCCUCACUGCCGACGGCACCACGGAGGCCCGGAGUGCUAUGGACGAUACUGGAACAAAACGUCCCCCAAAACCCCGUCUGGGGGAGGAGCUGCAGGUGACCAGCGUGACCCAGAACUCCGUGGGCCUCUCCUGGACAGUCCCUGAGGGCCAAUUUGACUCCUUUGUGGUCCAGUACAAGGACAGGGAUGGGCAGCCCCAGGUGGUGCCCGUGGAGGGCAGCCUCAGGGAGGUCAGCGUGCCGGGCCUGGACCCCGCCCACAGGUACAAGCUGCUGCUCUACGGCCUGCACAGCGGCAAGCGUGUGGGCCCCAUCUCGGCCGUUGCCAUAACUGCCCGCAGGGAAGACACGGAAACUGAGACCACGGCCCCGACCCCUCCAGCGCCUGAGCCCCUCCUCGGGGAGCUGACAGUGGAGGAGGCCACACCGCACACCCUGCAUCUCUCCUGGAUGGUGACUGAGGGACAAUUUGACUCCUUCGAAAUCCAGUACACAGAUAGAGAAGGGCAACUCCAAACGGUCCGUACAGGAGGCGACCAGAAUGACAUCACCCUCUCCGGCCUGGAAUCCGACCACAGAUACCUGGUGACCCUGUAUGGUUUCCGCGAUGGGAAGCAUGUGGGUCCUGUCCAUGUCGAGGCCCUGACAGUCCCGGAGGAGGAGGAGCCUUCGGAACCUCCCACCGCAACCCCCGAGCCCCCCAUCACGCCUCACCUGGGGGAGCUGACCGUGACAGACGCCACCCCCGACUCCCUCAGCCUGUCCUGGACAGUUCCUGGGGGCCAAUUUGACCACUUCCUGGUCCAGUACAGGAACGGAGACGGGCGGCCCAAGGCGGUGCGCGUGCCAGGGCAUGAGGACGGGGUCACCAUCUCGGGCCUGGAGCCAGACCACAAGUACAAGAUGAACCUGUACGGUUUCCACGGUGGCGAGCGCAUGGGCCCUGUGUCUGCAGUCGGGGUGACGGCUGCAGAGGAAGAGACCCCCAGCCCCACAGAACCCAGCACGGAGGCCCCGGAGCCCCCCGAGGAGCCGCUCCUGGGGGAGCUGACAGUGACAGGAUCCUCCCCUGACUCGCUGAGCCUCUCCUGGACCGUCCCCCAGGGCCGCUUCGACUCCUUCACCGUGCAGUACAAGGACAGGGACGGGCGGCCCCAGGUGGUACGUGUUGGGGGCGAGGAGAGCGAGGUCACCGUAGGGGACCUGGAGCCCGGGAACAAGUACAAGAUGCACCUGUACGGCCUCCACGAGGGGCGGCUUGUGGGCCCGGUGUCCGCUGUGGGCGUCACGGCCCCCAAAGAGGAGUCCCCUGAUGCUCCUCUUGUGAAGCCGCGCCUAGGGGAGAUGACAGUGAGAGACCCCACCCCCGACUCCCUCAGCCUGUCCUGGACAGUCCCCGAGGGCCAGUUUGACCAUUUCUUGGUCCAGUACAGGAAUGGGGACGGGCAGCCCAAGGCAGUGCGGGUGCCGGGACAUGAGGACGGGGUCACCAUCUCGGGCCUGGAGCCAGACCACAAGUAUAAGAUGAACCUGUAUGGCUUCCAUGGUGGCCAGCGCGUGGGCCCUGUGUCUGCUGUUGGUUUAACUGCCCCAGGAAAUGAUGAAGAAAUGGCCCCAGCCCUGACAGAACCUCCCACCCCCGAACCCCCCAUCAAGCCUCGCCUGGGGGAGCUGACCAUGACAGAUGCCACUCCUGACUCCCUCAGCCUCUCCUGGACGGUUCCUGAGGGCCAGUUUGACCACUUCCUGGUCCAGUACAAGAAUGGGGAUGGGCAGCCCAAGACAACGCGGGUGCCAGGACAUGAGGACGGGGUCACCAUCUCCGGCCUGGAGCCAUACCAUAAAUACAAGAUCAACCUGUACGGGUUCCACGGUGGCCAGCGUGUGGGCCCCGUGUCUGCCAUCGGGGUGACGGCUGCAGAGGAAGAGACCCCCAGCCCCACAGAACCCAGCACAGAGGCCCCAGAGCCCCCCGAGGAGCCGCUCCUGGGGGAGCUGACAGUGACAGGAUCCUCCCCUGACUCGCUGAGCCUCUCCUGGACCGUCCCCCAGGGCCGCUUCGACUCCUUCACUGUGCAGUACAAGGACAGGGACGGGCGGCCCCAGGUGGUGCGUGUCAGGGGUGAGGAGAGCGAGGUCACCGUGGGGAGCCUGGAGCCCAGGCACAAGUACAAGAUGCACCUGUACGGCCUCCAUGAGGGGCGGCGCGUGGGCCCGGUGUCCACUGUGGGCGUAACUGCCCUGGGAGUCCAGGACUUGUCUCCUGUGUCCCGCCCUCGCUCUGUGCCUCGUGGCUGUGUCCCGCCCUCGCUCUGUGCCCCGUGGCUGUGCCCCGUGGCUGUGUCCCGCCCUCGCUCUGUGCCCCGUGGCUGUGGCCCACCCUCGCUCUGUGCCCCGUGGCUGUGCCCCGUGGCUGUGGCCCAUGCUAGUGCCCCACAAGAGGAUGUGGACGAGACCCCCAGCCCCACAGAACCAGGCACAGAGGCCCCGGAGGCCCCUGAGGAGCCACUCCUGGGGGAGCUGACAGUGACAGGAUCCUCCCCUGACUCACUGAGCCUCUCCUGGACCGUCCCCCAGGGCCGCUUCGACUCCUUCACUGUGCAGUAUAAGGACAGGGACGGGCGGCCCCAGGUGGUGCGUGUCAGGGGCGAGGAGAGCGAGGUCACCGUGGGGGGCCUGGAGCCCGGACACAAAUACAAGAUGCACCUGUACGGCCUCCACGAGGGGCAGCGCCUGGGCCCGGUGUCUGCCGUGGGCGUCACAGCUCCAGAGGAUGAAGCUGAGACCACCCAAGCAGUGCCCACCACGACCCCUGAGCCCCCCAUCAAGCCUCGCCUGGGGGAGCUGACAGUGACAGACGCCACCCCGGAUUCCCUCAGCCUGUCCUGGACGGUCCCCGAGGGCCAGUUUGACCACUUCCUGGUCCAGUACAGGAAUGGGGACGGGCAGCCCAAGGCGGUGCGGGUGCCGGGGCACGAGGACGGGGUCACCAUCUCAGGCCUGGAGCCAGACCACAAGUACAAGAUGAACCUGUACGGCUUCCACGGUGGCCAGCGCGUGGGUCCCAUGUCUGUCAUCGGGGUGACGGAGGAAGAGACCCCCAGCCCCACAGAACCCAGCUCGGAGGCCCCGGAGCCCCCCGAGGAGCCGCUCCUGGGGGAGCUGACAGUGACAGGAUCCUCCCCUGACUCGCUGAGCCUCUCCUGGACCGUCCCCCAGGGCCGCUUCGACUCCUUCACCGUGCAGUACAAGGACAGGGACGGGCAACCCCAGGCAGUGCGUGUCGGGGGCGAGGAGAGCGAGGUCACCGUGGGGGGCCUGGAGCCUGGGCGCAAGUAUAAGAUGCACCUGUACGGCCUCUAUGAGGGGAGGCGCGUGGGCCCGGUGUCCGCCGUGGGCGUCACAGCGCCCCUGCCCACACCGCCGCCCGUGGAGCCCCGCCUGGGGGAGUUGACGGUGGCAGCCGUGACCUCGGACUCAGUGGGCCUCUCCUGGACCGUAGCCCAGGGCCCCUUUGACUCCUUCCUGGUGCAGUACAGGGACACGCAGGGGCAGCCCCAGGCAGUGCCUGUGAGCGGAGACCUCCGAGCCGUCACCGUCUCAGGGCUGGACCCAGCCCGCAAGUACAAGUUCCUGCUCUUUGGACUCCAGAAUGGGAAACGCCACGGCCCAGUCCCUGUGGAGGCCAGGACCGCCCCAGACACAAAACUGUCUCCCCGCCUGGGGGAGCUGACUGUGACAGAUGCGACCCCUGACUCUGUGGGCCUCUCGUGGACGGUCCCUGAGGGCGAAUUCGACUCCUUCGUGGUCCAGUACAAAGAUAAGGAUGGUCGGCCCCAGGUUGUGCCAGUGACAGCCGACCAGCGGGAGGUCACAGUCCCAGGCCUGGAGCCCAGUAGGAAAUACAAGUUCCUGCUGUAUGGUGUGGCAGGCAGGAAGCGAAUGGGCCCCAUCUCUGCUGACGGCACCACAGCUCCUCUGGAGAAGGAGCCACCUCCCCGCCUGGGGGAACUGACCGUGACCGAGGAGACCUCCAGCUCCCUGCACCUGUCCUGGACGGUGGCCCAGGGCCCCUUCGAAUCCUUCGUGGUCCAGUACAGGGACACGGACGGGCAGCCCAGGGCAGUGCCUGUGGCCGCAGACCAGCACACGGUCACCAUAGAGGACCUGGAGCCUGGCAAGAAAUACAAGUUUCUGCUCUACGGGCUCGUUGGGGGAAAGCGCCUGGGCCCGGUCUCCGCCCUGGGAAUGACAGGUGAGGCUGCUGUGCUUGGCUAUAGCAAGCCACCUUGUGUGGGUUUCCUUGUGCAUUUGGGCUAA